AUGAAUUCGCCAUCAGAUACGGGCCAAGUAGGGGUGGAUGCCUGUAAUAACUCGCCAGAUCAUCGCGAUCUAGUCGUCGACUUGCCUCAGAGCGGUCUAGAUCAGGUUCCUCCAGCCAGCGAUGACUUGGGAUCGAUUGAAAUCUGGAUAAAGGGUCGGAAAUACUCGCUAGCAGCACUUCGAGUCACUCUCACGAAGGAAUUAGAGACAAUCACAGACUCAUUCCUCAAGGCGCGACUCAUCGAACGCUGUCAGGAAGCUCGCUGGCGCCGAAAGCACGAGACUCGUACUCGCUCAGUACUAGUUAAAGAAGAAUUGGAAGCAGCACUGGAGGUCCGAGAGUCAAUAUGCCGGUUUAGACACUCGUUUAUCAAGGAAUACCGAGCCGCGGAUGCGCGAAUGACGCAAAUGGGUGAUGGGGUUUCGUCAAUGCUCCGUAAUGAAUUCAGGGACAAGGAACUUGCACAUUACUCAUCCGACGAGGAACGGCAACAAGUCUGGAAAGAAUUUCUUAACACCUCGAAAACAGAGUGGCGUAUAUUUCGAGACAAUCUCAAAAGGAUCGAGGAGAUUUAUGGGAAGAAGGGGAAGGAGAAGGCUCAUGAUAUACCGAUUGAAGAUGAUGAGCUUGAUACCUCUGAUGAAUAUGAAUGGGAUUCUAGCGAUGACGAGGUUCUGAAGGCUAUCAAGAAUCCGCAAGGGACCAACCGGAGUACGACCAUGAGUGGGUACGAAAAGGUGACUGCGUUCUCGAAGCAUUGGGACUUCCAGGCAGCAAUACGAGGCAUGGGAAGAUCCAUGAAUCCUUAA